AUGGAGUCAAUGGAGCAACGAGCAGCAGGGCCGGACAGCAGAGGGCGGUACGGAAAACCACCCAGCCAGAGAUACACAACGACAAACUCACCAAAGCUCUGGUACUGCUCCACUGCGGGCACCAGCUGCACCCUGCCGCUGGAUGGCUUCACUGUCAACUCCAACUUCUGCGUCAGCAUCACGGCACACGGGCGCCAUGGCAGCACCACCACCACUGCACCGCGGUGUCAGCCGGGCGUCUACGAGAUCAAGCUGCACCCAGUGACAUUGAUCAACAUCAGUGAGGUUGUGGGCCGGCCCCGCUGCCUGAGUCUACACUGGAUGAAAUCAGAGAGGACGUUCCUGAUCGCCACCAGUGAGAUCCACCAGGGGGCGCUGGAGUCCCAGGUCCAGUUCAGAGCUCAGAGACAGGUCUGUGUAAAAAUCGGCUGUGACGGUGGCGACACUUUUGUGACCUGCCUCUUCAGGCCGGACACGGAGUACUCUGUGAGGCUUCGGCACCGUUACCGUAGUAACGGGAGCCUAUGGAGUCAAUGGAGCAACGAGCAGCAGGGCCGGACAGCAGAGGGCGCUCCAUCAUCAGGGCCGUCUUUCUGGAGGCGAGUGAUAGCCCAGGAGGGAUCCAGGCUCACCUCCCUGCUGUGGAAGCCUUUGCCUCACUCUGUGGCCAACGGGAGAGUUCUGUUCUACAACGUGACCUGUUCCAGUGGAAAUACACACGUUCUUCUUGCCGGUAGAGGGAACUGCAGUCGUUUGGAGGUUCCCCACACUUCCUGUUUGAUAAAACUGCCUCCGGAACCCUGGUCCUGCUCCAUCUCCGCCUCCACAUCCAUCGGGCCAUCGCCAAAAGCACAGAUAUGGUUCAAUAAAGCAAAUGCAAAAGAGCCGCCUCCUCUGAGCUCUUUAUCCGUCAGUGCAGUGGAUGACAGACGUGUGCGUGUGUCCUGGGCUCCCCCUGCAGCCGCACUGCCCCACGGUGUGUUUGUGGUGGAGUGGUUUGUUGUGACGCAGACCAUCAGUGACACUGCUCCUCUUUACUGGGAGAGAGUGAACGGCUCCACUACCGCCGUCAUCACAGAGGGAGUUGAGCCAUUCAAGCGAUAUGCAGUUUCUGUGUGGGCACUAUACGAGAAUGAGGAACCUGGACAGAGCAAACCGGUGUAUGUCUACACCCGACAAGGAGCGCCCUCUGCUGGCCCUAAGCUGCAAGUGCAGACAACAGGAAGCAGAGUGAAUCUCAGUUGGACUGUUCCAGUGGAGAAGCUGCGUGGCUUUAUUCAGAACUACACCCUUUAUUACAAGACAGCCAAUCCACCUGCCAAAAGCGAAGCCACAGUUGAGGUUUUGUCUGGUGAUGCGAAAAAUUACUUUCUGUCGUUGUCUCCGGGUCACUGGGAGUUCUACAUGCGGGCCAGCACUGAGGCCGGGGAGGGCGUGCAAGGACCUCUCAUCAGUCUGUACAUAGACUCUGAGGACAAAUUCCCCGUAUUGUACGUCAUUCUUCCCAUUGGUCUUAUCUCCCUAUUGUUGAUGCUGAUGGUCUGUUUGCCACGGAUGAAAACAAUUAGAGAAACGUUUUUCAAGGACAUCCCUGACCCAUCUCACAGUACCCUGGCCGAUUGGACGCCUAAAAAGCAGAUGGGCAUGACUUUGGCCACUCCAGAAAAGAAAUAUUCCGAAGUGGUUCUGCUCAGCGGUAGAGAAAUGGACAGCGAUGAAUCAGAUGAGGAUCCGUCCAUGCAUUACAGCGAAGAUUUGUCCGAUCCAGACAUGAGUUUUAACCCAUUCCAAUGCAAACAGUACAAUCUCAGCCACAGGACUACAAACAUGGCGGAGACUAGCUUUAACUUAUGCCCUGCUUACUCCAUAGUGCUCGCAUCCGCUCUGCAGCCUCACAGCUCUCUCAGUCUUGGGGACUUGGAGGUUGAACAGCCACUCGAGGGCGCUAGUGAGCUGAGCACCUCCAGCACAAAAAGUAUUCUCCUCCAACCCCAAGCUGGGGGGAAGGCGCGCCCUGGCCCCCCCCACACACACGUACAAGAGGCAGGGCUCCUCCACACCGUGCGUAAUCGCGUCCCCUGCCGCUCACCUGGCUCAGUGCAUCAGGUGCAAAGCUGGGCAGAGGUGCAGAGCCGGAAGAACAAGCAGAUCUAG